GUGGGUAUAAAUAUCAGUCGUUUUGAACAGUCGAGUUUAAUACGCAAGUUAUAAACAAAUGAAAGUGCAAAUUAUUUUUAAAAUAUAGUCUCAAAUUUUUAAGCACUAUUUUUACUUGUUUUCAUAUUUAUAAAUUUUGACUAUCGAUAACUUAAAAUUUCGAAUCAUUAUCAAGCAUUUCUCCAACAAUGAACUUUAAAUUGAUUGCUCUUAUUGUAAUAGUCGGACUGUUGUCAGUUAUCGGAAAUGCCUGGGCUGAAGACGACGGGUCUUCAGCAAGUGCCUAUGAAACUGGCUAUGGAUCAGGAUCGAGCGCUCCUAUUGAAGACCCCUCUCCACUAAGUGGCUAUGGAACUGGCGAUGGAUCAGGAUCGAGCGCUCCUAUUGGAGAAGACUCUCCAGCAAGUGAUUCUGCAGCUGCCUAUGCAAGUGGCUAUGGAUCAGGAUCGAGCGCUCCUAUCGAAGACGACUCUUCAGCAAGUAGCUCUGGAUCUGGCGAUGGAUCAGGAUCGAGCACUCCUAUUGAAGAAGACUCUCCAGCAAGUGCAUCUGCAGCUGCCUAUGCAAGUGGCUAUGGAUCAGGAUCAAGCGCUCCUAUUGAAGCCAGUUCUGCAGCAGGUUACGGUGACGACAGACAAAAAUCUGCAUCAAUACCUGCUUACGGCACUUAUCAAACACCUACAGCAUACGACAAAGAAAUUGGACCAUAUGCAAUCGCUCCUAAGAGAAAACCUAUGACGAGAGAAAGCUAUGACUCCACCUAUGGACCAAAUGGGCGCGCUCCUCAUUAGUAUUGCCUCAAAAGUCAAGAAUAACGAUGAAACGAGAUGAGAUCAUUCCGAUUGACGACGAGACAAGUCAAAAAUUAUUUUCUUAAAGACAAGGUUUCAAAAAUUAGAAAACUAGUUGAAAAAAUAUUUCUACUAAAUUGAAAUUCUUUAAAAAAAAAAAAUACAUCAUUUAAAAUACUAUAAAGUUUGAUUUUUAAUACAACCAUAUCCUAAAAACUACAAGA